UAUCAAUGUUUAAAUGAUGAGCAGGUAUAUGUACAUAUGAAUUGAUGUAUUAACAAAAUUAAUCAGAAUUGUGAUCGUCUGCUAUUAAUUUACUAACGAUAUACGAGAUGAAGCUUACUUUUUUGAAUCCUUUGAAAAUACCAAGAGUGUGCGACACAAGAUGGCUGUCCAUUGAGAAUGCAGUUUCCCGAAUCGCGGACCAGUGGACAGAACUAAAACUCCACUUUGAGUUAGCAGCCACUUCUGAGAAGUGUCAUAAGGCACAUAUCCUCAACGGGCUCUAUAAAGAUGAUGUAAAUUACCUUUAUUUAUUAUUUUUGAGGCCUAUAUUAAAGGAGAUGCAAGCCCUUAAUAAAAACUUUCAGAGUAAAUAUGGCAAUCCAACCCAACUAUAUUCGGAUGUCAUAAUGGACAUCAACUCUUUGAAAGUGAAAAUUAUACCACCUGAUUGCGAAAUCAAUAUUUUAAAGGAUGAUUCAAGUGACGAGUAG